CCAGGCAAUACAGUAAAUUAGUUAAUAUUUUGAAUUAGACAUAGCCAUCUCGUAAAUGUUUAACUACCUUUUCAUCUAAAAGUCUAGAAAAAUAAGUAUCAAACAAUAAAUUAUGAAGCCAAAAUAUAGAUUGACUCACUACUUAGUGGCAGAAGAGUUGUCAAGCUUUGAAAAAGAUUUCGAUAACAAUUGAGUAUUUUCCAAAUUCCACAAAUAUUGCUGGUUAGUAAUUCCUCAUUGAUAAGGUGCUGGAAACAGUUUUAUGGAUCGCUUAAUAGUUGGCUUCUGUGCGACAAUCUUUACAAUCCAGUUAUGACCCCAUCAAUAUAGCCAUCGUCUGGCUUUUAUUUCUGCGGAAUAAGUAGUCGCUCGCCGCACGCUCAGCUCUAAGGAUGGCAUUAAUUAGAUUUCUCAUAGCUCUGGCAUUGGUGGUCCUAGUCCAAGGAGCCAGCUUUGGCCAGGACGAUAGAAUACGCUAUGACAACUACUCGGUGUAUAAGGUCAAGUUCGAAACUGCCGAUCAGAGAACUCUUCUGAAAAAGUUAGUGGAGGAUCGGGGAAAAUUUAGACUUUGGCAAGAGACCCAGGAUGAGCUGCACCUCUUGAUAAGUCCAGGUGCUUUCGGCGAACUCGAGUCUGUAGUCCGGAAAACCAAUUCCAGUGCAAAGCUGUUUAUUAGUAAUGUGCAGGAGCUCAUUGAUUCGGAGACAGAAGCCAAUCUUAAGGCCAGCAGAGAUGGCUCCUUCGGCUGGACAAAGUACAACUCGCUGGAGGAGAUUUAUGCUUGGUUAGACGAAAUUCUAGCCGCUUAUCCUGCGAUUACUGAGAGUUUUAUUGUGGGUCAAUCUUACGAGGGUCGCACAAUCAGGGGCAUUAAGAUCUCCUACAAAUCGAAUAACCCAGGCGUAUUUAUUGAGUCAAACAUCCAUGCUAGGGAAUGGAUUACCUCUGCCACAGCCACUUGGUUGAUUAAUGAGUUCCUUACCUCCACGGAUGAGUUAGUGAGAAAUCUCGCCGAGAAUCACGACUGGUAUAUAGUGCCGGUGUUCAAUGUGGAUGGUUUCGUUUAUACCCACGAAAAGGACCGCAUGUGGCGCAAGACCCGCCAACCCUCCGAAAUUUCCAGUUGCGUUGGCGUAGACCCGAACCGCAAUUUCGACUCGUAUUGGAUGGAGAGCGGGGGCGCUUCUUCGGAUCCCUGCGCUGAGGAUUACGGUGGCCCUAAUCCUUUUUCUGAGCCGGAGGUCAAGGCGUUGGCUGAUUAUAUCACCAGCAUCAAGGAUAAAAUCAACGUACUGCUUGCGUUUCACUCGUACAGUCAGCUCCUGCUCUCUCCCUACGGACACACUAAGGAAGAGUUUCCACCCAACUACGAUGAUCUGAUGGAGGUGGCUCAGGCCUAUGGAGACGCGGUUGGGAGUCUGCCUUACGGCACAGUCUACAGAUAUGGUUCAAGUGCAGGCGUUCUCUAUUACGCUACUGGAGCCACCAUCGAUUGGGUCUACAACGAGCAAGGAGUGGAGAUAACGUAUACCAUUGAGUUUAGGGACACUGGUCGAUAUGGAUUCAUCCUUCCCCCGGCUCACAUUAUUCCGAACGCAGAGGAGGCAUUGGUUGGCAUUGCGGCCCUUCUAGAGAAGUGUGAUGAGUUGGGCUAUCUUGAGCUCAAGUAAGUGCUGGGAAUGCCAAUAAGCCGCAAAGCAAUAAAGAUUAGCUGCCGAUAAUCAAG